GAGGGCGGGCACCAGGCGGCGGCCGCAGCCGCAGGAAUAUGCUGGAAGACGGCGGGCGGGCGUCCGCGAGGUGCUGAAGGGACAGUUCCCGCCGCCGAACUUACCCCGCGGGUGGGGCGGCCCGGGAGCCAGCGGGGCACGUGAGCGAUGGAGACCAUCUGGAUCUACCAGUUCCGCCUCAUCGUGAUCGGGGACUCCACCGUGGGCAAGUCCUGCCUCCUGCACCGCUUCACCCAGGGCCGCUUCCCCGGGCUUCGCUCCCCCGCCUGCGACCCCACCGUCGGCGUGGACUUCUUCUCCCGCCUGCUGGAGAUCGAGCCGGGCAAAAGGAUCAAGCUGCAGCUCUGGGACACGGCGGGACAGGAGCGGUUCAGAUCAAUAACUCGAUCUUAUUACCGCAACUCAGUUGGUGGAUUUUUAGUAUUUGACAUUACUAACCGACGAUCUUUUGAACAUGUGAAAGAUUGGCUAGAAGAAGCAAAAAUGCACGUACAGCCAUUUCGGAUUGUAUUUCUGCUAGUGGGACAUAAAUGUGAUUUAGCUUCACAACGUCAGGUUACAAGGGAAGAAGCUGAAAAACUGUCAGCAGACUGUGGAAUGAAGUAUAUAGAAACCUCAGCAAAGGAUGCUACAAAUGUUGAAGAAUCCUUCACAAUCUUGACAAGAGACAUAUAUGAACUUAUUAAAAAGGGAGAAAUUUGUAUUCAGGAUGGCUGGGAAGGGGUUAAAAGUGGUUUUGUUCCAAAUACUGUGCAUUCUUCCGAGGAAGCAGUAAAGCCCAGGAAAGAGUGCUUCUGCUGACUUCAAACAUGCCAAAGAACAGGAACAGAUUGGGUGUCAUUUCAGGAUAAAUACCAACAUUAACAGCAGAAUGAUGCAAUAAAGCAUUUAAAAAGGUUACAAACCCACACUAAUACUAUUUUGUAAGGUAUUUGAUUCAGAGCGCUAUGCUUACUUGUUACACUACCAGAUUGGGUAUUUUGCUAAAUUAUCAGGCAAAGCGGACAACUUUUUCUUGAAACUGGAAAAUCUACAUAGUUACCUCCAUUCUUACUUUGUUAGCAUACGCUGACCUUAGUGUCCAGAUAUGUCAAUAUUGCUCAUUUUUCUUGACAGUUUGAAUGGAUUUUUGUACAUAUAUAAUCAAUUGAAAAGAUUGUAUCAGGAAUUACGUUCUCUUGAGUUAAUUAAUAUUGAAUUCCAAAGUGCAUUUAAAUAUGCACUGUUCACCUGCAGAGUAAACAAUCUCAGAAGGCUUCACUAAGACGUAAAUAGCAGUUCCUUGUAUAAGGUACCAGGCUUUUUCCCCAUUCUUUGGAAAUGUUUGUCCUCCCUUAAUUUUGCCUCAACACAAGAAAAUAAGUUUUAUGUUCAUUUUUGUUUCCUAAUUUAUUACUCCUAAAAUGCAUUAUGUUUUACAGACAUAUCUAAGGAUCAAGCAAAAUAUUUUAAGCAAAUAUUUGUAAAAUUUAAAACAGAGGACUGCUCACCAAAUGUUUGCUUUUUUUUUUUUUUUUUUUUUUGAGACAGGGGUCUUGUUUUGUUGCCCAGGCUGGAGUGCAGUGGCGAAGUCUUGGCUCCCUGCAACCUCCGCUUCCUGGGUUCAAGUGAUUCUCAGUACCUUACCUCAGACUCCUGAAUAGCUGGAACUGCAGACGUGUACCACCAUGCCUGGCUAAUUUUAGUGUUUGUAGCAGACACAGGGUUUGUCCAUGUUGCCCAGGCUGGUCUCCAACUCCUGGUCUCAAGCAAUUCACCCACCUUGGCCUCCAAAGUGCUGGGAUUACAGGCGUGCGCCGCCAUGCCUUAUCUAAAUAUGAACAAUAUACUGUAACAGCAGCAAAUGUUCUGCUUUUACAGUAUACUGUUCAUAUUUAGAUAAGAAAAAUAAAAUUUAUUUAUAUAUUGACAUUUUCAAAAAAUAAAUGCAAUUUACCUUGAA